UAGCAUCAGCUGACCUCUGUUGCGGUGUUUUCUUUGACUAUUUGAUUGCACUUGCCUACUAAAAAUGGAGCUGAAAAUAAUUUUGUCAGCAAUAUGUUCUGUAGUUUUUGUCGGUAGUGUAAGCUGCCAUUCUAAUUCAUCAUUGCCUCUUGUCAUAUGGCAUGGAAUGGGUGACAGUUGCUGUAAUCCACUAAGCAUGGGAAGCAUAAAGUCUCUGGUAGAAAAAAAAAUACCAGGCAUCUAUGUCAACUCUCUUGAAAUUGGAAGUAAUAUUAUUGAUGAUAUGGCCAAUGGCUUUUUCAUGGACGGCUUCACCCAAAUAAAAUAUGCCUGUGACAUCAUCGCCAAAGACCCUAAACUCAAGAAUGGAUACAAUGCCAUUGGUUUCUCUCAGGGAGGACAGUUCUUGAGAGCUGUAGCACAGAUAUGUCCAAAUCCUCCUAUGAACAACUUGAUCUCUGCUGGGGGCCAGCAUCAAGGUGUGUAUGGCUUUCCCAGGUGCCCAGGAGACAAUUCAACCCUCUGUAAUCUUGCAAGAGAGUUGCUGAACAUGGGAGCUUAUGACAAAUUUGUCCAGGAAAAUUUGGUACAGGCACAGUACUGGCAUGAUCCUCUGAACGAGGCGGAGUAUAGGCAAUACAGUAGAUUCAUUGCUAUCAUCAACCAAGAAAAUAGUGUGAAUGAGACAUACAAGAAGAAUUUGGUAAAGUUGAAUAAGUUUGUGAUGGUCAUGUUUGGCAAGGACACAAUGGUAGAGCCUAAAGAAUCAGAGUGGUUUGGCUUCUAUGUUCCUGGGAAUACAACUGAGGUGUACACAUUGAGAGAAAGCAAACUAUACAUCCAGGACAAGCUUGGCUUGAAGCAGAUGGAUGCUGACAAGAAGUUAGUCUUCCUCACAGCGCCUGGUGAUCAUUUGCAAUUCACAGAUGAAUGGUUUGAGGCUAAUCUGAUUCCCUAUAUGAAGUAGAUGACAUUCCAUAGAUGUACAUGGCGUUUGUUCGGUUAAGCAAAGAUAUUUGAUUACUCGGUAUUGAUGUUUGU